GGAGGGGUGGAGCGAUUAAUUUGGAGAGCCGGGACGGGCUGUGGAGCUGCUGCUGCAGGACCGGCUGCUGCCUCCUCUGCCCAAGGUAACGGCGGGGGGUGUGCGUGGGGGUCCAGCUUAGAGCUUCGGGGGUGCCCUGGCAGCGGGGCGCCUCUCUCCGCUUUUUCACCGCAACCUCUUUGAAUUUCACGUUCAUCUUUCUCCCUCUCCCUGUAACGUAGCCGCUCCCGAGCGCUCCGCCCUGAGAGGCAACGAGGAACCGCGCCGGGCUCGGCGGUGCGGAGGAGCCGGCAGGUGCCCGCGGCUCCCCAGGGCUGCCCUCCCCGCAGAUGCUGUAAGGUGGGGAGAGUGAAUUGGGUGUGAACUGCAAACUGACCAAGCGCUGAUGGAGGAGCAGCUGCGGUGACUGCUGAGAAUCCAUCCUUCAUUUCUGAAUGGUAACAGUUAAAGUCUUUACUCCCACUUUGCCAUCUUACAUCUGAUUUGAAUUGAUGGUGAGAGGAAGCAUAAGCUAUAUCUCAUUCUGUUUGGACUCCUUGUUUACAGAAGAGUGAUGGCGAUGCUAUUAAGCACAAAGAGGAUCACCAUAUGCCUGUUUUUCUUUGUACGGAGUUUGGCAGCAGCUAUUGAAAUACCGUUAUCAGUUGCACAGCUUCCAACAAUCACGGAGCAAUCUGAAACCCAGGUUGCCUACCCUUUUGACGAGAACUUUACAAUUAAAUGUGAAGCCAGUGGAAACCCGCAGCCCACUUUCAACUGGACAAAGGAUGGAAAACCAUUUGAUCUGUUAUCUGAUCCCAGGAUAAUCACACGUAAUAACUCUGGGACAUUUGUGAUUCAGAACCAUGGAAUCAUCACCAAUUUCCAAGGGAAAUAUCGUUGCUAUGCAUCCAAUGUGCUGGGAACUGCCAUGUCAAAAGAAAUUGAACUCAUUGUUCCAAGUGUACCAAAAUUCCCUAAAGAAAAGAUAGAGCCCCUUGACGUGGAGCAUGGUGAUUCUGUGAUCUUGCACUGUAACCCCCCUAAAGGGAUCCCACCUUUGCAUAUCUAUUGGAUGAAUAUUGAUUUGCAGCACAUUCCUCAAGAUGAAAGGGUCUCCAUGAGCCUUAAGGGAGAUCUCUACUUUGCAAAUGUGGAAGAAAAUGACAGCCGAAGUGAUUAUUGUUGCUUCGCAGCGUUUCCAAAACUGAGGACAAUUGUACAGAAAAUGCCAAUGACACUGAAGGUCUCCCGUUUUAAGCAUGCUAAUGACUCAGGCUCACCUAAUGCUGCAGUUACUAAGGCAAAUUUUAUUAAAGAGAGAAAACCCAAACUGCUGAUCCCUCCUGAAUCUGCUGGCAGCAGCUCAUCAGUCACUGUUAUCAAGGGAGGUGUCCUGCAACUCGAGUGUAUUGCUGAAGGGCUUCCAACUCCUCAUCUAAGCUGGGUCAAAGUUACUGGAAGCUUGCCCAAGGACAAACCUGUAACAGAUAAAUUUGGGAAGGUACUGAAGAUAGAAAACGUGUCUGCAGCUGAUGAAGGAACCUACCAGUGCACAGCAAGCAACCCCGUGGGCAGAGCAAAACAUGAAUUCCAUGUUCAUGUGGAAGAGCCUCCUCGGUGGAUUAAGGAGCCCAGAGGUGGUGUUUACAGCUUAGGAGAGAAUCUUUUGCUGCUUUGUGAGGCCAUCGGCAACCCAGAGCCAACCAUUCAGUGGAAACUUAACGGGAUGCCCGUUGAUAGUAGGACCUUCAGAGGGAGAAUCUCUGAUGGGGAGCUCAGCCUUAUCAACCUUCAGCUUCAGGACACUGCUGUGUACCAUUGUGAGGCCAGUAACAAGCAUGGCACCCUCCUUGCUAGCGCCAACGUGAAUGUCCUCAAUAUUGCUCCCUUAAUCCUGACUUCAGAUGGUGAAAACUAUGCUGCAGUUGUUGGUUACAGUGCCUUCCUGCACUGCAAAAUUUUUGCCUCGCCUGCAGCAGAUGUUAGAUGGACUAAGGAUGAUAGCAUAGAGCCACUCUCAGCAUUACGCUAUGAAUUAAAUAAAAAUGGCACCCUAGAAAUCAAAGAAACAAAGAAGGAAGAUUCGGGAUCAUACGCUUGCUGGGCUGCAAAUUCUGUUGGAAAAAGAGCAAUCACAGCAAAUCUGGAUAUAAGAGAUGCUACAAAAAUUGUCAUUACUCCGAAGAACCCCCAAGUGUUGAAAUCACAUUCAAUUUUACUGAAAUGUCAGUCUGAGUAUGAUUCACACUUGAAAAACAGCUUCAAAUUAUCCUGGAGGAAAGAUGGAUAUGAGCUGUCAGUCAGCAGCAUACAAGACAGCAGGAUAGUUAUGGACAUGGAUACGCUGUUCAUAUCAAAUGUGAUGUUGGAGGACCAAGGCGUUUACACGUGUGUGGCUAGCACUUCUCUUGACAGUGUCACUGCCAAAACGCGGUUAAUUGUUCUUGAUGUUCCUGACCCACCAGAAGACCUGCAGCUCUCAGAACAUCAAAACCGAAGUGUUCGACUGUCUUGGAAAGCUGGGGCCAGCCACAACAGCCCUGUUAAUGAGUCGAUUAUAGAGUUUGAAGAGAGCCGGUGGGAGCCGGGGAGGUGGCAGGAGCUGGCCCGAGCCCCAGGGAACACCACCACCACCCUCCUGUCCCUGGCCCCAUACACCAAUUACCAGUUCCGUGUUGUGUCUGUGAACGCUGUUGGAAGGAGCCAGCCCAGUAAACCAUCUCUGCGCUAUGCGACACCUCCGGCUGCUCCAGACAAGAACCCAGAAAACAUCCGAGUUGAAGCUUCUGAACCAAAUGAAAUGGUGAUGAAAUGGGAGCCACUGAAGCCCAUGGAGCGAAACGGGCCAGGGCUGGAGUACAAAGUCAGCUGGAGGCAGCAGGGUGUUGAGACCGAAUGGAAUGAGGAAACAGUGAAGAAGCACUCCCUGACCCUGAGGAACACCCCCACCUUCGUGCCCUACGAGAUCAAGGUCCAAGCAAUAAAUAAUUUAGGAGCUGGGCCUGAACCAAAUAUUACCACUGGAUAUUCAGGAGAGGACAUUCCAGAUGCCGCUCCUUCCGGCGUCUCGGUGGAUAUUGUCAACAGCACGCUGGUCAAAGUCUUCUGGUUUGGAAUACCAAGGGACAGAGUUCGUGGACAUUUAAGAGGCUAUAAGGUCAGUUGGUGGAAAACAAAAAGCAUGCUGGAUGGAAAAAGGCAUCACCCGGAGAAACACUUCCUGACGUUUGUAGGAGACAGAAACUAUGGGAUGAUCCCUGGUCUGGAGCCCUUCAGUGAAUUCCGCUUGGCUGUGCUGGCGUACAACUCCAAGGGUGAUGGACCAGAAAGUGCUCCUGUGGUGUUUGAAACUCCGGAAGGAGUCCCUGAACAGCCCCAUUUUCUGAAGAUCCUGAACUUUGAUAAGGACUCUGUCACCCUAUCAUGGGGACUUCCCAAGAGAGCCAAUGGCCACAUUACUGGCUACGUUUUGCAAUACCAGAUAAUAAAUGAAACACAUGAGAUUGGGCCUCUGAUGGACAUCAGUGUGGCCAACCACACCACCCUGAACUGGAGGCUCACAGACCUCAGCCCCAGCACCAAGUACAAGUUCUACGUCAAAGCCUGCACAGCCAAGGGCUGUGGGAAGCCAGUGACAGAAGAAGGCCUGACAGUGGCUCAAGGGAGUAAAGGGAUCGGCAAGAAUUCAGAAGCAGUAAACCCCACCCAAAAGUUUCACCCCAUUGAGGCACUUGAGCCUGGAACUGAAUAUACAGUUCGUCUAGUGACUAAGAAUUGGGUUGAUAACAAUAGCAUUUUUGAAGAUGUAAUUGAGACGAGGGGGAGAGCCUAUGCAGGCAUUUACGAUGGGAUUUCCACCCAGGGCUGGUUUAUUGGACUGAUGUGUGCCAUUGCCUUGCUCACUCUGAUGCUGCUAACUAUUUGCUUUGUCAGAAGAAAUAAAGGAGGAAAAUACUCAGUGAAAGAAAAAGAAGAUUUGCAUCCAGACCCUGAAGCUCAAUCAAUAAAAGAUGAAAUCUUUGGGGAAUAUAGUGACAGCGAUGAAAAGCCGCUGAAAGGCAGCCUGCGGUCCAUUAACGGGGACAUUAAAGCCACUGAAAGUGCUGAUAGUCUGGUAGAUUAUGGAGAAGGGGAGCACGGGAUGUUCAAUGAAGAUGGUUCAUUUAUUGGAGCUUAUGCUGGAUCUAAGGAAAAAGGAUCAGUCGAAGGCAAUGGGAGCUCUACAGCAACUUUUCCUCUCCACGCAUAAAAUUCCAGUGAGAAGAUUCGUGUUUAAUUGUGAUAUUUAUAUUGAUCAGUACUCCACAGUUACCACAAGGGAUUGGAAGCAGGUUGCCAACUGAGCAAGACUGACAUCAGGUAACGGGGAAAAAAGUCACUGCCACUAAGAGAUGAUUUUUGAGACUUUUCCAUCCUAAUUUUUAGGUAUUUUCUUCCAAUUGAAACAAAGCAAAGCAUUCGUUACUCUACAAAAUAUGUCAGUCUUACCAAAACAGAAUUUCUCAGUGUCACGUACGUAUAAUUAACUGCUACUCCAUGUUUCUUACGUUUGUAAUAUGGUUCUCUGUAUAGUAUUUUUUUCCUUCUGUGGCUGAUGUCACUUUGUACAUACAUUUAUGCGUGGUAUUCCCUCGUGUAUCAUGAUCUCAGUACUACGGAGGUCAGAACACAGCAAGGAAAGUGAGCAAAAAGCACAGGGUACUCUGCAUAGUGGCACAAUGCAUCCUACUGAGAAAAAUGAUAUUUUAAAACACUGGAGAAAAAUAUUCUCUAUAUUGUAUAAUAUUUUCGUACAGGCAUAAACUCCUUUGCUUACGAUACUCUAAAAUUGUUUUAGUGAUUACAGCUGACUGCAAUUACCAAUACUUUGAGAUGCAACUUUCUCCACAGAAAAUUUGCUCUCAGAAGACAAAGCUCUGGCCUUGUGGAUGAUCUGUCCAGUAGCUGGCACUAUUUCCUUAAGUAAGUUAAGCUGCAGUAACUUUUCCUGUGGCAAGGCGAAACAGGGUUCCCAUCCACCAUCAUUAGGAAGAAUUUUAAUUUGUUUUCCUCAGUCUCUGCAAGCUGCAUUUCUAAGCAAAGUGCUUUGUCUGUCUCAUAUCUGUAUAUUUGUGUGCUAGCAUACAUUUCAUGGAGAUGUUGUACAGAUGAUAUUAAUAGUGACUCAAGUGAAAAUCAGCCUUGUUUUAUUUUGAAAUGAGACAUGUUGCUAGCAUGGGUCUGUAUAGCUGUAUAGGAGUAGAAUUGCUUCUCAGUAUGACUUUCAACUAGCAAAACAGGUUUUCAGCAGAGUUGUGUGUAUACCGGUCAUAUAAGUCUUACUUCUUUUUAGUAUCCCAUAAAAUAGAUCUACCUGACUUUCAAAAGAUUGUUUAUUUUCAAACUAUUCGUUGUUAAAUAAACAGAAGCAAAAGCAAAGAGAAAAUAUCACAGUACGGUUUCUUUAUAUGGUGUUUACUGAAUGCUGGUUUAAAUCUGGUUCUGUUCUUUGCCAGUGCUUCCCUGGACUAACUCAGCAAAGCUGCCCAGCACAUUAUUUUGGUCUUUUUGUAUUGGAAUCGCCUGAUUUUCUUUUAAAACAUCUGUAUUUUGAAACAUGCUUAUUUGAGUAGAGUGUUAAUAUUUUGAACUUACAAGUCAUCAUCGCUUCAAUUUAAAUAUUUUUUGAACAGUUACUCAAGGAUGUCGUAAAAGCCAUUUUAUGUCAUGGUAUUAAUUAGGCAAAUAUCCCUGAUGGCUCCCUUCAUGGUCUCCAUCACUUCAAUGGAAGAAAGAGAGGAAGCAAGAAUUACUCAAAUGAUUACGGGUUUAUAGAUAACCCCCACAACUAAAGCUCUAUUGGUUGUGCAUAGAAGUGCACUUUCCUAGCAGUGGAAAGGCCAUGGACUACAGGCAGCUACUUGUGCACGGUUUCUGAACAUAGGAAGGGGCUUUGGUGCUUGAUGUUCCUGCUUAUCAGUUCCUCAUUUAUUUGUUGUGUAUUUUGCUUGUAAGGACCUUUCCUGCAGUCUCUAUUUUGAAAAAGUCAACCCCGAAAACCAAACCCUAAGCUCUGUUGCCAUAUGUAUGAGCAGGAAUUGGUCAGAAGCAGUCCCGGUCCAUAUCCAUGAGCCCCGUGUUGUGAAGGACUUGACCACAUCAUUCAUUUUUUUAUUAUUUAUCAAGUUUUAUAUUUUGUCUUUCACUCAGUCUGCAUACUGAGGGAAUCCAAAGUCAUCAGCAUUUUAUAAAAAGCUUCAUUUAGGAAGUAGGGGAGCGUAAGUGGAGAAAUGUGGAAAUAGGCAUCUUGUCAACGGAGCCAUUUCCCACCAGGAUCUUUAUCUGCAGUAGCCUGAAACAGAUGAAGCCUGAGAGCUGAUGAAGCUUGUGGCAGCCUCUGCUGCAAUCGUUUUCUGGUUUUAAUGCGUUUCCUCCAGGAAUCACCUGCACUGGCUCAAGCUGCCGCACCGGUUUGUUUUCUGUCAUUUUCAUUGAAUGUGUUGUGUUUUACAUGGAGAUGUUUCAGCCCAUACUGAAGUUCCAGCUCCAUCUCAGAUGGUUCCUCACCACCUUCCCUUCCCAGCAUCCCCAGCUGCACAGCGUACAGAACCCCUGGGCGUUAUGCCUGGAGAGCACUGGCAGCGUCCUUAGGCAAAGAUGCUCAAGGGAUGGGCAUCUGAGGAAUGCAGUCAGGGUGGGCACCCCACAAGAGUGCACCACUGUCCCUGUGCAGAGCUUGGGAAGGGUUGAAGCAGGCAGCAUUCCCAGCAUUGGGGUUCUCACCCAGAGUUUGGAGCUUAUUGAUCUUUGGGUCCCUUCCAACCCGGGCCAUUCUGUAAUGCCACCUAUCAGCAGCCACAGCUCUGUAUUUUCUUGUGCUGUGGGUCGAUGCAAUCCACCAAACCAUUGUCUUAGAAAACACCUAUGCUAAACAGACCCAAACUUCAAAUCACAUUAGCAAGUGUCAGCUUAUCGAAGAAUGAAUAAAUCCCCUGUGCUAUCACUUGCUCUGCUGCUGCUAAGCUAUGUUUGUGACAUUCCUGUGAUGUGCUACUCAUCUGUGCUGGAAUGAGUGCUUUUUCUAUUAAAAUUUUAAUUCCGAUCCUUAAAUCUUAAUGUUAGUGUUUCAUUGUGCCUCAGGGCCUAAAAAUCACACAAUGACAAAAAGAUGUGCAGUGGAAUUUGUACAGUGUGCACUGACUUUUGAGGAAUAUGCCCAAUGAAUAUUAAACAAAUGGCUGAAUCUCCCAGGGAGUCUCACUCACAUGAACGUUUUUCUCUUUUCCAAUCAUUUAUUUCCUCUUCCCCCUUUUUUUGUUGGUUUUUUUUUUGUUUUUUUUGUUUUUUUCUGCCUGUUGUGCUUUUAUUUUAUAUUGCAAGGGCACCACUCAUGCAGCGUAUCUUGGAAAGCACAGGACACUUGUGGAGUUUUAGAGAUUUUCAUUCAGAAGUGAACUACAAGAGCAAGCCAACCUAGGGUGCUGCCACAGGGGACACGCAGGGUGAGUGGAAGGUGCUUCCAGCUGUCCUACUGCUCUGCAUAUAGCAAUUCUGCUCUGGCCAGGGGUGUUUGUUAAAAAGGAAUGGGAGGGUUAGGGGUGGCCAGUGCAUGAGGCUGCAGGCUGUGUCAGGCAAUUAGUAACUGUGGAUUCCAGGGGUUCUUGGUUGCAGCUGGCUAUCCUAUGCCAUUGCUUUUUGCUGCAAGAGGAGAAAUGAUGCUUUCAGAUUUGAUAUCCGUGCCAACGUGGAGUGCACUUUUAUCCAGUAAGGAGAGGCAUUUCCCUGGCUGCAGGGAUCCUGACUUGUGGCCUUAAGCAGCCCCCUCUGGAGCAAGAGAGGUAUGGAUGUUUCUCAAAAAGUUGUCAGGAUUUGACUUUGUGUGAGAUAAGCAAAUAAAAUCCCUUCCUCCUAACUAACGGGGAGCACACACCCCUGAGAAACGAACAUAUAAUUGAAGAAAACAACCUUGUGUGCAAGCUCCAGUGCUGGCGAGCUGUUUGGAGUGCAUUGUGGUUUGGUGUGGGUUGUAAUUUCAGUCCUAAGAUGUUAUUCAGUGUAUGGAUUAUAAAAAAAUGGCCAAAUCUAGGGAUGUGGUCUUGAAGUUCUGUUUUCUUUGCCAUUCCUCAGCAGAGGGCUGCAUGCUGGGCUGGGUCUUCAGCAGGACUGGGGUUGGAAACCAUGCCAGGAAAUGGCAUUUCCCUCAGGAUUAGAAUGUCUGCGUGUAUAGUAAACAUAAAAUCUUCUCUGUUAUACAAGUUCUAAAUGGAUUUAAAUAGCGUAUCAUUUAAUGAUUUAUGAUUUUUUAUUCUGUUGUGGCCUUGUUAUCCCAAUUUUAAUGAGCAACUUUUUAUUCUGAUGGCUACUUCCAUUGACUUAAUAGGUCAAAUGCAGUGCAGGAAAUGUUUUCAGGCCAGUAGCCGAGGUGAAAACAAGUGCUGGCACAAUCUUUCUAUACUAAGGAUUUUCUUUUUUUUUUACAGUAAUUCUGCAUGUAGUUUUGUAAACUAAAGUUAAAAUAACAUUCACUUCUGAAAGGAAAUCUCAUCAUAAUUUCUUAUAACCAUUAUUUUUCAGGUGAGUGCUAAGUCUAGAUUAGUUUAAGUAUCUGAAAUAACAUAUGUUAAAAAUACAAACUUAUAGUUCUUUAUGGCAAGAGGAUUUCCUCUCUUUGACAAUGGAUUGAGCCCUCAGCUGCAUCCCUUCAAAUGUUCAGCAUCCCAAUAUAUGGCAAACAGCAAUGGUGGAAUACCAAUAUGUGUUUACAUUGCAGCUCUGUGUCUUUCAUGAGCAAGUUUCAACCACAUGAUGAGAUGAGUGAGUUCCAUGCUCUAUGCUGGUUUUUCAGCUGCCAUGCAGAAAACAAUACAUGGGUUUGAGCCAAAGCAUACUGUUUCCCUUCUUUAUUAUUAUUAUUAUUUUAAACAACACUUUGUAAUUUCAUGAGAAAAGAUCAAAGCAAUUGUGGUGUCACCGUUACGAUGUUCCUUUUUGAGCUAAAUGUUGGUGUGCAUUGAUUAAAGUUUAGAGAACUGUGUUGUACCGUAGUGGCUGUUUGUAUCAUGCAUAUGUGCACGUAUGGUUUUAAAAGAUAUUUUCAUUUUACAUGAAAUUCAACUUUGCUAAUAAAAGUUUGACUUGAUGUAAUCUUCAAAA